AUGGAUCCGCGAGUUAUAGUAGUACUUCUACUGUUAGAAUGUGAUGAAAUAAACUCCUGUACCACCGCCGAAAAAGGCAUUUACAAUAUAAAGCUUCCGGGAGUGAGUGCAUUUAAGGCUUUUUGCAAUGGAUCAGGAUGGUUGGUGAUUCAACGACGAAUGGAUGGAAGCGUGGAUUUUCAUCGGAGUUGGACUGAAUACAGAGAUGGGUUCGGCUAUUUAAGAGGAGAAUUUUUCAUCGGCCUAGAGAAGUUGUACCAAAUAACCCAGUCGGGUCAGUACGAACUUCUCAUCAGUCUGGGAGAAGUCGAUGGGUCCAGAUAUUUUGUCAAGUAUGAUAACUUCAAGAUUAGCAGUGAGAAAAAUUCCUAUACAUUGGAAUAUAUUGGAAAUCCCACCCCUGGAGGUGCAGAGGAUUCCCUCAAGUACCAUUUGAACAUGAAAUUCUCAACAUAUGACAGGGAUAAUGACUUAUGGGAUGAAAGUUGCGCUAUGAUGUGUGGUGGUGGCUGGUGGUUUGCUAAUUGUGGCUAUAGCUCCCUAAACGGAAGGUUCUACAAAGAUGGAAAAAUUAAAGAUAAUUUAUACGGCAUAUAUUGGGGCAGUUGGCAGGAUUGGGACUAUACCGUUUCACUGACUUUUGUCGAAAUGAUGAUAAGACCCAAGCACUUUUGA